AUGAAGAACUCUUCGUCUCCCCUCGUUGACCGCGUCGCUAAGACCGUAGCCUCGCGCAAGAUUGCCAACCAGCAGGCUCGCAACCGCGAACUCAGAAAGCGUGUUGACGAGAUGCGCCUUCGCGACAUCACCAAGUCCGCUCGCGGAAACCGCCAGACCGACACCACGCCCGCCAUCAUGCCGCCCAAGAAGGUCGUCCCGCCCAACGAGCAACCUACCUACGAUGCCUGGGCCGCCUAUAAGGCCUGGUCGGUCGACCCCAAGCGCGGCACGCCCAAGGAGGCCAUCACCCCGCCCUGGCGCAAGUUCACGGAGGAAGGUCAGCAGAUCUUCGAAAUGCUCCAGAACUUCCUUGACGACACGCGCGCGGCGAACUACCUCAAGGCCGAAAUGGCCAAGAUGCCGAAGGAGUCUCCUCCUUCAUCGCGCAAGCUCGGCUUCUACCACACGUGCUUAGCGACGGAGGAACGCGAUCGCCUUGAGGCGGAGUGGCAGCCGGUCAAGCGGAACCGGAUUCCUCUUGAGCACUACCUCAAGAAGAUUGAGGAACGCGAGAAGGCGAUGGAAGCGAAGAAGACGACUGCGGUGAAGCGCAAGGAAGAUGGCGAUGUCGCGCAGCCUCAGAAGAAGUUGAAGAUCGACUACACCAUCGUAAAGAAGCGUAAGGCCGAUGACAUCGUUGAGCAGCCGCAGAAGGUUGCUAAGGUUGGCAACAUUGCCACUGCCUCCAUGAUCUCCGGCAGUCGCCCUUCUUUGAAAUUCACCCACAAAGACCAAUCCGUUCCAGAGCAUUCCACCACGACCACGAAGGCUCGCACUCCUGCUCGCCCCAUCAUGAAGAUGCGCGAGCCGUCCAAGGCUGUAAAGCAGCCCAUAACUUCCAAGUCUCGCCCCACCGCGGCCGCAACCCCUUGUGCCGCACCUAACACCACAACCUCCACCCCGUCCACCAAGGACACGGCAUCCACCGAGGUUAAGUCCGCUUCAUCCCGCACGACGUUCACUACACCCUCCUCUGCGCCGUCUUCCCCAACUUCCACCAACAAGCGCAAGCGCGCUCCUACCACCACACCCCCCACUGACGAGGCUCGCCCGGUCAAAAGCGCUCGCAUCUUGGAGAUGGCUUCACCGACUUCUUCCACGGCCGCUAAGGAGACGUCCCCUCCCAUCUACAAGAACAACGCCAAGCCCGCUGCCGAGAACACCGCCGCAGCUGGGCCCAAGUCUCCCGUCAAGAAGACCUCCACUGCCGCCGAGAAGACAGCUUCCCCUAUCACGGCCACCACAAACACGACCACCAACAACACCGCUGCCGAGAAUACCCCAGCAGCCUGUUCCGAGCCUCCCAUGAAGAAGGCGUUCACGCCCGCCAACUCCACCUCAUCUCCCAACAAACACAGCACCAACCACGCUGCCGAGCACAUCCCCGCAGCCGAUCACCAACUUCAAGUCGAGAAGAUGACGAACACCACUGAGACGGCGUCUACCAAGACGAACACCAACAACAAGGCUGCCGAGCACACCCCCGCAGCGAACGCCGAGCUUCCAGUCAAGAAGCUCAGGCUCAACAGCAAGAACAUCGGCGCAUUCAACCGGAACCGUAAGCAACAUGGCUUGGCCCAGACCCUUGCGAUGAUGAAGGGCGCGGACGGAGAUGCAGGAUCCGUUGGUGCGACGCUCUCUAAGCCCAUUAAUGAGAAGGCUUCUGCGUCCGAGCCUGCCGCCGAGACGCACCAAGAAGGCGAUGGAGAGAAGCCGAAUGCAGCCACUGAGAAGGCUGCUGAGAAGAUCGUGCGCGCCUUGAAGGCCGCUGCUGAGAAGACGACUGCAGGUGUCGCCGCUAACACGACCACUGUCGACCAUACUGGCCAUUAG